GCACAGUCGCUAUUUCCUAACCGACCAUAACAUGUUUCCUGGAACAUGUUACCGAGCGAUAUCGAGCCGGUCUAACCUAUUCCGGUUACCCCGGUGCAUGCUGAGUCGCUCGCUGAGUGACAAACCGCCCUCUGAGACCGGGGAUCAUGAAACCACAGAUAAAAAGUCGUCAGAAAUAUCCCAGCUUCUUGAGGGCGCUACAAUUUACGACCCUGCCGAAAAUUCGGGAUGGGCAACGAGUGCUUACCCGGAAAACUGCAUCCCAAACGUACAAGGCCAGCAUGCCGAACGACCAAACAUAAACCCAACCGAAACGUCAAUAAUCCUGUUUCCCGGUCAAGGAAAUAUCAAGGUUGGGGAUGUCAAGCCAUACCUGCAAUAUCCUGAGGCGAAAUACCUCUUUGAAAUAGCCAAUGAAGCGUUGGGUUACAACCUGUUAAAAAUUUGCCUCGAAGGUCCACAGGAGACAUUGAAUCGAACUGAGUACAACCAGCCUGCAACAGUGGUCAAAAGCUUAGCCGCACUAGAAAAACUAAGGGACGACAGGCCCAGGGCCUUAGACACUUGCAUCGCUUGCGCUGGAUACAGUGUCGGCGAAAUUACCGCCUUGAUAUUCUCAGGCGCAAUGACCUUCGAAGAUGGCAUGAGACUGGUCGGCGUCAGAGCUGCUGCAAUGCAAGAUGCUGCCAAUUUGGUCCCUCAAGGUAUGCUUUCCGUUCAUAACACACCCGCAGCUAAGAUGUCUGAUAUAUGCCAAAAAGCAAAGAACUGGGCAAUGGAUGUCGGGGAUCCUACGCCAGAAUGCAGAGUUGCAAUAUUCCUGCAUCCUGAUAUGAAAAUAUUAGCUGGUAGCGAAGGGGCGUUGAAAUACGUAGAAGCUAAUGGGAGGAGCAUGGGACUUCGGCACAUGAAGAGACUUCCGUUAUCUGGGGCAUUCCAUACUUCGUUGAUGAUCCCGUCAUUGGAUAUAUUUAAGAAAGCUCUCCGGACAAUUGAGUUUGAGGAACCCAGAGUAUCGGUACAUUCGAAUGUCGAUGGAAAGAAAUACAAGAAUGUGAGUCAAAUUAUUAGGUACUUACCUAAGCAAAUAAUAUCGCCAGUUAAGUGGGAACAGACAAUGCAUAUUUUGUACAUGAGACCACCAGGAAUUCCGUUUCCGAGAACAUUUGAUGUAGGCUCAGGUGGGACACUCAAGACACUUCUAAGAUUCGUCAAUGCCAAAGCAUGUAAUUCUUGCUAUAUUAUUUAACUUGGAACUAAACGUAAUCGGUUGCUAAAAAGGUAAACUCAUUUUUGAGCAAAUUGGCGAUUGUUGACAGUGAUAAAUACACGUACAACAGAAUAGAUAAAAUUGCUGUGGUAUUCGAACCAAAAAUUAAAGUGACAAUGUGUUCUUACCCGUUCAACUGAAAGGUAAUUAUGUAAGUGUAGACAUGCUGAAAUGUCGUUAAGUUUAUCAGAAAUACGACAUUUGUUUUAAAAGAUUGUAAAUAUGUUUUGUAAAAAUAUACGGUAUUUGCGUUAGAAUGAAAAUAAGAAAAAGAAAUUUAUAGUGAAAUCGCGCAAGUAUUUCAUUUGAUUUGGACUAAAUCUAAUAUAAAUCCUAUAGCUCUCCUUUAGUAAGUAAUUCGAACAAACAGGUAAGAGACACUUCAAAUUAAAUUACAUAUAGUGUGAAUUCAUGGGAGAUAGAAGGUUAUUAAACAAUUUUUUAAUUGAAAACACUAUUUAUUUUGCAUUAAACCAAGGCAAAAGGAGACAACAAAUAUACAAACACAAAUAUAAGGAGUAUGAGUUUGCAACUGUUGUACGAUCGUGUCAAGCAUCUUCACGGUAUGCGUUGUGCUGGUAUUACGUAAGUAUUAAAUAGCAAAUAUCUAAAUCUAAAUACAUAGUUACCCUACAAAUCCUCAGUUGGAUCGGGCAUUAGGAAAAGGACUUAAUGUGACUAGUAAAGAGUCAUAAGAGAGUAAAAGUUGAAUAUCAAUAAUUUUGUGGUUUUUUCAUUUCUGUCCUGCUGAGGAGAAACAUGAUUUAUAUUUCGAUUCUUCAGUAUCUUUAAAGUAUGAGAUGAGCUACUUUAUCUGAUUCUAAAAAUAUAACGAAAAUUUUUUCCAAAGUUUUAAGUGUAUUUGAAUAUUGUACAAUAUAACAAUACACGAGUGAAAUUUUCGCUAUUGAUAAUUACUUGGUAACCAAAACUUGGUAAGAAUUAUGUUCAGCUCGAUAGUGAUUUUUAUUUCAGAAAUAAUAAUAAUAAUUUCAAUAGUUAUCACAGUAGUGUGUGAAUUGUUCCCUUGCAUAAAGAAUCAGGGUUGACAGACAGUCUGAAAUUUGGAGAACCUGGGAAAAGUUGGGGAAUUUUCUUAGAUGAAUAGGUCACCGGGUGUUAGAUUUUUUUAUAUCUAAAACA